AUGUUCUCCAAGAUCUUCUCCCUCACCACUUUGGUGGCCGCGGCCUCCGCAUACACCGUCCUUACCCCAACUCUCAACUCCACCGUUGCAAAGGGUAAACCCACCACUGUGACAUGGUCCUCCGUCGAUACUGAUGCAUCCCAAUUCUCUAUCUACCUCGUCAACUUCAAAGACUGGCCUCCUACCGUCAUCUCCCUCGCUCAGAAUGUUCCACAAUCUGAGAAGAGCGUCGAUGUUACCAUUCCCUGUGACGUGAGCAGUGAUUACGGAUGGCAACUAAACUUCAUCAACGGAACAAAUACCUACGUCAUCUACGCCCAGUCCAAUGUCUUCUCCCUCACCGGAUCAUGCGUUGACCCCACUACCUCUUCUUCCGUUUCCGUCGCUACUACCACUGCGUACGCGACCAAGAACUCAACCGUUACCGCCUUCUCUACUGCCACCACAACCGCCAUCUCCAAGGUUAUUGAGACCAUAACAUUCACCAGCCCCAUGGUCUGGUUCGUCCAACCUACCUCCAUCGGUUCCAUGUGCGCCCCACCAAAGACCGUAACAGUCUAUGCCAAUGGACCUGCCCCAACCGAUUGCAGCUCUGGCUCUGGCUCAGGUCCCUCGGGAUCUUCAUCAGGAGGUCAUGGUUCGGGCUCUGGUACUGGUUCGGGCUCUGGUACUGGUUCGAGUUCCGGCUCCGGUUCUGAUUCGGGCUCUGGUUCCGGUACUGGUUCGAGUUCCGGCUCCGGUACUGGUUCGGGCUCUGGUUCCGGUUCUGGUUCUGCUUCGGGUUCCGGUACUGGUUCGGGCUCUGGUACUGGUUCCGGUUCGAGCUCUGGUACUGGUUCCGGUUCUGGUUCUGCUUCGGGUUCCGGUACUGGUUCGGGCUCUGGUACUGGUUCCGGUUCGGGCUCUGGUACUGGUUCUGGUUCCGGUACUGGUUCGGGCUCUGGUUCCGGUUCUGGUUCUGCUUCGGGUUCCGGUACUGGUACUGGUUCUGGUUCUCCAGGAACAUAUAGUAACUCCACUACCGGCACCAGCAAACCAAGCUAUAGCGUCCUUCCAUCGGGUACUGGUUCCGGACCAAAGAGCACAAGUACAGCUACCACACCUGUCUUCACUGGCGCAGCGACAUCUGUUCAAGCUGGUUCAAUGCUUGCUUUGAUUGCUGGUGCCGCAGUUGUUUUGUUGUAG